AUGGUGGAAAUACUGUCUAGCAAAAGUUUCCUAAACAUUGAUUGUGUCACGAAUGUUGCGGAUACAAUUGAAGCAUGGGGAACUGGAGCUACAGGAAGUUUCUGGAGAAGUUUAGAAGCUGGUACGGGUCUAUUAGAUACUGUAAGGGAGUUGAAGAAUGCAGAGGCUAUUUUUACACUCUUCAAGGAUACGCUCUGUCGAGAAUUUACUGGAAUAACUAUAAGCAGUAGGAAUCUCACAGAGGUAGUUGCCUUAGAAGCUUUGACAAAGCUUAGGCUUUGUGAAAUGUGUCUGUUUGAAAAUUUCGUCUGUGAAUAUAGACAAUAUUUUGUUCAGUUGCCUGGUGGCAUGCAGGAUGUCAUGAAGAAUACUUUCUUUGCUAAGCUUCCCUAA